AUGUACAAAACAGGAUUAGUUGGGGUCUCAGCCGGCGAGGACCUUCCUCUGUUGCUGACCAGCGCGAUCUCGCGAAGUGUACUGACAGCAGAAGGAGAGUUUAUUGACUUGGAAGAAGCAGAAAGACAAAUCCGGAAAGUUCAUGUCGUUAAGAGGGUUCUGUUGUAUGUGGAGGACUUUCAUUUUUCGGAUGAUUACGGGGCAUCGUACGAGGAGUUAGUUUCUUUGCCGGCAUUGCGUAUGUACGUGUUGGAGACCAUUCGAGAGGAGACAUCGCUCAGCCUAGAACACUUUGAACUGCCCAAGGCUGUUUACUUGGUUCCUCACGCCGUAGAGCUGCCGGUGGGGGUGUUUGACCAAGACAAAAACAGCCCAAGCAAAAGCAGUCAUCUCAUGAGCAGGCGGCAGCUAGCAGAGGCCUAUGCUCAGCCUAUACAGGAAAUGUAUGCGUCGCUGACCCAGUGA